AAUAAUCGAUUUCUGUAGGAAGUAUUCGAUUAAUCGAUUAAUCGAACGAUUAUCGGGGAUCACUAGUCAUGCAGAAUUUGAAUCGCAUUGUAAACAAACAGCACGUGCCCUAUAUUCGUGUUUUAUUUAUCCCGUCGAAAUGCCACCGAAAUCUGCUAAAAAAGAUAAAACGGGUUGGUGGAAAUGCGAAAAGUGCAAAUUAUCAGUUUUGACCAGUGAAUUAUCGAUACAUCAACAGGACAAUUGUCAAAAUUUGGAAUGUUUGAGUGGUUACAUUACGGAAGCCGGCCGAUUUUCCAGCAACCGUUUUGAAUGUGGAAAGCUAUCCUCGUUUGAAGAACUGCAGGACAUCAGCGAAACGCAGCAGAAUGGCUUGAUUCUUCUCACCUCGGUAGUAAUGAAUAGAAUCGGUUUAACAUUGGGGGAUAGCGUUGAAAUUUCAACACUUUUGCCAGAUGAGCAAGUCGGGGAUUCGUUUAUUAGGAAUGUAUGGCCAAUCGAUGACAAGCAUGGAGCUCGAGUUAUAUGUUCGAAUAUUGAUGAACUACAAAACCCUGAACAAACGACGAACCUAAGAAUAUCAUUAGCACGAUUUGCGAAUUCAGUUGCAAUUGCUGAUUGCUUAAAUCUUAAGCUCAUGGAUGAAAGUUGUUCGGAACAAUUACGACAAAACAAACGUACAUUUUUGAAAUUAUUUCGAAGGCAAUACAUCAGACGGAUAUUGACUGAACAGCAUAUGCUUCGGCUAAAACUUUGUAAUAAAAUUCUCACGUUCGAAGUAACAAACGUCACUUUCAGAAAUACUCAAUCGAACGGAAUUGAGAACCAAAUGAAUGAGAUGACAUUGAAUAAAAGAUACUUUGAGAUUGAUCGUGAUACAAAAUUUUCCACUUCCACCAGCCAGCAGAAUGAAAAGCAAAAUGUCUCGAAGGUGAAUUUGAGUAAGGUCGGCGGUAAUGAUAACAUUAUCAAAGAAAUUCAGGAUAUAGCAAUGAUUGCAUUGGGUAUGUUGAAUUAUUCACAAAAUGCUCCCAUCAGUAGAGGCAUUUUAGUUUACGGAGCUUCUGGUGUUGGAAAAAGCUUGUUAGUUGAUUCAGUUGCCGAACAUUUUAAAUGUCACGUAAUAAAAAUCAAUUGCACGGAGAUAUUCAGCAGGUUUUACGGAGAGUCGGAGAAUAACAUCACACGAUUAUUCAACAGAGCCUUCAAUAAUUAUCCGAGCCCUACAAUAAUAAUUGUUGAAGACGUUCACAAUUUAUGUCCCAAAAAUGAAAGUACCGAAAUAAUCAAACGAACGUCUCUCGCUUUUAUUAAUCUUCUAGACAGUCUACAUAAAUCGACAAAAGGAGGGAGGAUCCUUUUAUUGUGCACUACAGAAAAUCCGGAAAAUUUGAAUUUAUCGCUACGAAGAAGCGGCCGGAUAGAUUAUGAAGUCGAAAUUCCGGUUCCUAGUGCUGAAGCUCGCGCACAAAUUUUAUCAAAAAUAUUGUCAAGAUUCAACCACGUUUUGCGACCAGGAGAAAUUGUCAAAAUUGCUCAUAUCACACACGGUUACGUUGGUGCUGAUUUGGACAGUUUGGUAGGACGAGCAAUGCGAGACACAAACACAUCCAUCAACUAUUCAGAUUUAGCGUCUGCUUUGCAGCAUGUUAAAGCCAGUGCUAUGAGAGAAAUAAUGAUCGAAUGUCCGAAUGUGCACUGGAAAGACAUAGGAGGUCAAGAGGAUUUGAAACUACAACUUCGUCAAAUGAUAGAAUGGCCAAUUCUUCGUCCGGAAAUAUUCACCCGACUGGGCAUUGCUCCACCCCGAGGUCUUUUAAUGUUUGGCCCGCCUGGUUGUUCGAAGACAAUGAUCGCAAAAGCUUUGGCUACUGAAAGCAAGGUGAAUUUCCUUACCAUUAAAGGCUCCGAGCUCUUUUCCAUGUGGGUUGGCGAAUCAGAACGUGCAGUGCGAGAAUUGUUUCGUAAAGCUCGCCAAGUUGCUCCGUCGAUAGUAUUUUUCGACGAAAUUGAUGCCAUUGGCGGUGAACGAUCCGCAGAGUCGGGAAGCUCGGUUAAGGAGAGAGUUUUGGCACAAAUUUUGACCGAAAUAGACGGAGUGAGUGUAUUGAAAAAUGUUAAAAUUAUCGCUGCCACCAAUCGUCCCGAUUUAAUCGACAAAGCAUUGAUGAGACCAGGUAGACUCGAUCGAAUAAUUUACGUCCGAUUACCGGAUGCUAAAACAAGAGAGGACAUUUUUCGAAUUAAACUAUCUAAGAUCCCAACGACCCACGAUGUAGAUGUAGGAAAUCUCGUUAGUCGAACGAAUGGUUAUUCUGGGUCUGAAAUUGAAGCCGUCUGCCAGGAAGCAGUUUUAAAAGCAUUAGAGGAAUCAUUCGAUACAUUAGAAAUUUCAAACAAGUUCUUCGAUCAUGCGUUGCAUGUAGUGAAACCACGCACCAGCUCAGAACUGUUGCAGCUAUACGAGAGCUAUUUAGAACAAUAGCAUCAGUGUUGAUCAAUUGAGUCAAGGGAAGCCCAACGGCAUGCUAAUAAAACAAAAAUAACAUUCAAA